AUGUCGUCUACCUCGGAAGACGCAAAGGCGACAGCCUACCCUUGGAAGCUGGGCCGGUUAUUUAGAGGAAGAGCCAACGAUGGUAGCGGACAAGAGACCCAAGCACCCGGACACUCAAAAUGGAGCUUCGGUGUGCUCAACGAUAAACAGACCGUCGAGGUUCCAGGUUCUGUAUUACUUCUGGCUGCUAACCGCAAUGAACCUCUUGGUCUGCGUACUGUGCAUGCCAGGACGUCUCAUUCAUCUAUUCCAACGGGCUUUCCCGUUGAUAUGCCAUUAACCCCAGGAGGCUCUCGUCCUCGUCCCGAUACACAAACCCCCCCCUCUGGCUCCCAACGGCCUGAUCCCGUUGAAGAAAAGGCCGUUGAAGACAAGAAGAAAACACAGGACGGUGCCAUCAUUCUCGACCCUCAACCCGAAGACUCGGCCAACGAUCCAUUGAACUGGCCUAACUGGCGUCGAGACACUGCAUUGUUGUCCCUCGGAUUUUAUUGCAUGAUUGGCGGUGGUAUUACAUCCAUCAUGGCCGCAGGGUUCACCGACAUUGCUCAUGAUUUGGAUGUCGAAGUCGAGACUGUGUCUCUCACGGUCGGUCUAUAUAUGAUGGGCCUUGGCGUAGGCUCAGUUCUGGCCUCUCCGACCGCCAUUCUGUUCGGCAAACGGCCUGUAUAUCUUGCUAGUGUCAUUAUCUUCAUUGGAACAUGUGUUUGGUGUGGCUACUCUCCGAGCUUUUCUUCUCUGCUCGCGGCCAGAGUGUUCCAAGGCAUAGCCGUCAGCCCCGUGGAAUGUCUUCCCUCCGCAACGAUUGCGGAAAUUUUCUUUCUCCACGAACGAGCCUAUCGCAUCGGAAUCUACACUCUUUUGCUUCUUGGCGGCAAGAAUUUGAUUCCCUUGGUCAGCGCUGCCAUCAUUGGCGCCAUCGUUGCCAUGGUAGCUGGACUAGGCUUUGUCCUUCUUUUCCUUUUCGUUCCCGAAACAUUCUGGGAUCGUACACCAACGCGGAAACCAUCAAAUCGGCCUAGUUUCCUCCGCCGCCUUUCUUCACGUAGGAACAUACCAGUACCUCGUCUAUCGUCCCAGUCCGCAAGGACUCCAAAGACCCCUGAGCGGCCGCAUUCACCCGGCGCGGCAACCCGCCAAAGGGAGCUCCAUGUCGGAUUUGUUCCCGAGACGCCUGGAGCGGCCGACUCUCAUCGUGAUGGCGAAGGCGAUAAGACGACCAACGUCGAUGCUCCUCCGGCGGCACAUCUGCAACCUGUCUCCUCUGGCCAUCAUGUUGCGUUCGCCACAUCUGGUGAUGCCGAAAAGCAGGAUGUCUCGCCGCGCGCAGAAUCAACAGGCAAUAUGCGAGGCGAGACGCCUUCCAUUGUCGUAUCACCAUCUGGUGAGAAAUCGAAAGAAGUCCCCAAGACAGAACCUGACCAUCUCGAUACAAAUGUACCCGUUGUACACGUACCUGAUGAGCACCAUGUUCUGGACGGGACUAGCUCUAUACACAGUCCAGUUCGGUCACCGAGAUCCAACCUUCGACAAUCUCACAGCGGGCCGGGCGGGCAUUCGCCAUACCUUCAGAGUGUCACGGGCAGCGAUGCUAAUGUGGAUUACUUCUCUCAUGGGCCAAAUUUCGAUAAUGAGAGAAUUCCCGCGUCAGCGCUCCGGGGCCCUCCUAGAAUCCAGGCUUACACGCAUAACUUGCGACAGCAACCUGCCAAGACAUUCACGCAGCAGCUUAAACCAUACCACGGGCGGCUCAACAGCGACAAAUGGAUCAAGGUUAUGAUCCGGCCAUUCAUCCUGUACGCAUAUCCGGCCGUCCUAUGGUCUGCUGCGGUAUACGCCUGCUCGAUUGGUUGGUUAAUCGUCAUCUCUGAGACCAUGGCUGUCAUCUACCGAGACCCAACAAGUUACAACUUCGAUGCGCUCCAAACCGGUCUUGUGUAUGUCUCCCCAUUUGUCGGCGGUGUCCUUGGUACUGGUGUAGCAGGGAAGAUUAGUGACCUGAUUGUUCGAGCUAUGGCGCGUCGUAAUGGUGGUUUGUACGAACCCGAGUUUCGACUGGUUAUGGCAAUCCCUAUCAUGCUUACGACCUGUAUUGGACUGAUUGGAUUUGGCUGGUCUGCUCAAGAAAAGGAUCAUUGGAUGGUUCCAACCGCAUUUUUUGGCAUUCUUUCGUUUGGUUGUUCCCUAGGUUCCACCACUGCUAUCACGUUUUGCGUUGAUAGCUAUCGUCAGUACGCUGGAGAGGCACUUGUGACACUCAACUUCUCCAAGAACGUCUUGCACGGCCUUGUUUUUAGUUUGUUUGUUUCUCACUGGAUGGCCAAAGACGGACCAAAACAAGUGUAUAUGUGGUUGGGCAUCAUUCAGCUUCUACUUCAACUCACCACGAUCCCCUUGUUCAUCUACGGUAAGAGAGCCCGUAUGUGGACGACAAGGAUGAACCUUAUGGAGAAGUUUUAA